GUGUCACGUGCGGAUGCGUAUGUUGCUGAGCUCGGUGUGGAAACCGCCCUCUAAACUUAGAAAGUACCUAAAAGUAUUGAGCUGGAUGGCAAAGAACUUUGGAGUUAGAAAAUGCUAGGUGGGCCCGCUAAUUUAGUGGGAAUUCAUAUCAAUUGGUAUCUUAAAGGAGGUACUUCCCGGUCAUCCUCGGGACUAGAGCACCUCUAUGCCGAGGUACCCACCUAGAAAUUAAGAUAAGACAAACACUCCGCGUUGGCAUGUUUUCCUACUAAGUAUUUCCCUACGUAACCUUGGAACUCGAGAGCUUCCAACUCAAAAGGUUCAACUCUUUUACUCGUAACCUAUAAUUUCUCCAUUUCUAUGUAACACAAACCGUACCCCUCCUUUUAUAUCCUUAUUUUAAUAGAUUAAUUCGACUAAUUCCAUUCGUUACCAACAUGGCCGAUUCCGAAAGGUCCAAUAUACCGGCUUGGCAACAAGUCCAGAAAGAGGCUGGACCCGAGACUGGUGACACUCAGGAUAUCGAUGCGACAGAAGUCACUCUUGACCAGGCGCGAAAAUUCUUAAGAGACGAGAACGUUCGUAAUUCGAGCAUAGAAAAGAAAGCAGAAUUUCUUAAGAGCAAAGGAUUCGAUGAUGCACAGGUCCAAGAAUUAUUAGAGGAAGCCGAUCAAGAUACCGAAGCUUCGAAUCCACCGUCGACUACCACCAAAUCCAUAGGCGAAGAUGGUGAUACAGAGCGAACCCUAGAAGCAAACAAAGAUAUUGAGGCGAUACCCACAGCGACCUCAUCAUCCUCAUCCUCCUCAUCAAUAAGCGAUUCGCCCCCAAUUAUAACAUACCCCGAAUUCCUCACUACCUCACAAAAACCGCCCCCACUCAUCACACCAUCCCGCCUUGCCAACAUCCUCGCCAUCUCUGGUAGCAUAUGGACCCUUCUAUACGGCACAGCCCGAUUCGCUGUCAGUCCAAUGGUAGACAACCUAAACGACGCGCGAACGGAAUACUACGAGCACGUGAGCGAAAGGCUAGACGAGCUAGUCGACAGACUCGAAAGUGCCGUCAGCGAAGUCCCAUAUAAGAACAGCAAGAUGUUGCGAUUACGGCAGGACGACAGUGUCUACGGCGACGACGAAAGCACCUUCAGCGACCCCACUGAACUCUUCCAUCGCGACAUAGGAGUCCAGACCUCCCCGCUAAUGCUGGCCGACGACGUAGCCUCGUCAACUUCGGCACGCAGCCAAGCCGAUAAACCCAUUGAUUCACAAGCCCUCCGUCUAUCCGCUAUCCGAGCUUCUCUACGCGAAAUGAGCGACAUGCACACGCGCCACGCCGAAAGCACCGCCGACUUAAACUCCCUACUCCGCGAGAUCCGCGACGAAGUUGACAAGGUCGGCGCCCCACCCCCAAUCGACUACACCGGCGUCCGCACCGGACUAGCUUACGGACGAAACCCCGAACCCGACGAUGAAGUAAAGAAAACCAAAGACGCGAUUCGCAGCGUCAAGGGCAUGUUCCUAAGUGCACGGAGUUUCCCGGCUACGGCGGCAAGAUAGGAUCUGAAAGCCACCGGAGAUGCCCCGGAUCCGAAGGAUCGACCUCGAGGAUCGUUACAUGCACAUGGGAGAUUUGUGAAAAGAUUCCUGUCGAAUCUCAAGAAAUCUCAAGAGAUCAAGGAAGCCAUGGAGUCUGAGUUUGAUGCCAUUAAAC